AUGUUCACCCCAAUCAACACCUCACUAGGUGCCAUACUGUUGUUCCAGAGCUCAUCCAGCUUGCUUUUUCACAAUGGCUCUGUCUUCGGCAUCUCAUCCUUACUAUCGGGAUGUCUCCUCAAUCCAAACCGAGAUAAUGUGCCGAUAAUAGCAGGCUUGAUGUCAAGUGUACUACCAGUGUACCUACUGGCACCAUCUCUGAUACCAAACUAUGUUGCUCCUCCAUAUUCAUUGGCUUCAGUAGCCGUAACCAUGGGUGUGGGCUUUCUACUCGGCUGGGGAACCAAGAAUGGUCACGGUUGCACUUCAGGGCAUAUGCUCUGUGGUAUUUCACGCCUCUCAUCACGCUCGUUCAUUGCAACUGCUCUAUUCUUCACUUCGGCUUUGAUUACAGCCAACUUCGCUGGAAUUCCCUCCUGUGGCCCAGAUCCAUGCUACACACCUGUAUAUCCAUCUGCACAUGAGUUGAUAUUCAUGGGGGGUGCUGUUCUUCUGUCCAGCAUAACGAACGACCUUGUCAUUCCCAAGGCUUUGAAGCGAUCGCACAUGGCCAGGGUCAUCUUUUCGUUCCUGGCAGGUUUGGAGUUCGGACUGGGUCUUUUUAUUUCGGGCAUGGCAGACCCUCUCAAGGUCCUGAGAUUUUUUGCUUUCCUGAUGGACAUAUCGCGUUUUGAUCCGUCCUUGGCCCUAAUCAUGGUAUUUGGUAUCGGGCCUUCGCUGGUGAAGUUCUGCUCUCAAAAGCCUGUUCAAGUGGUUGAAGGGAAGAUAGGCUUAAUACCUACUCUAGCAGAGCGGUGGUCGCUACCUACUGCAACCGUGGCGGACAUCGACUGGAGAUUCGUUGCUGGCUCGGUGACAUUCGGUAUUGCUUGGGGGCUGAAGGGUGUUUGCCCUGGGCCGGCCAUAUUGCGUGCCAUCAUACAACCUACAUGGGGAUUUGUCACGAUGAGCGGGUUCGUUUUGGGAAAUCUGGUAUAA